CCCUCCUCCUUCCUCUGUUCUUUUCCAGGCAACCAGACAAGCUGGUAGUGGUGUGGACUCGCAGGAGCCGACGGAAAUCCUCCAAGGCUCACAGUUGGCAGCCAGGCAUCAAGAACCCCUACCGAGGAGUGGUGGUGUGGCCUGUACCAGAAAACAUAGAAAUAUCUGUCACACUCUUCAAGGACCCCCACGCAGAGGAGUUUGAAGACAAGGAGUGGACGUUUGUCAUUGAAAAUGAGUCUCCUUCAGGUCGUAGAAAGGCUCUGGCCAGCAGCAGCAUCAACAUGAAGCAGUAUGCCAGCCCCAUGCCCACACAGACUGACGUCAAGCUCAAGUUCAAGCCCCUCUCCAAGAAGGUGGUGUCUGCCACGCUACAGUUCUCCCUCUCCUGCAUCUUCCUCCGUGAGGGCAAGGCCACUGACGAGGACAUGCAGAGCCUGGCCAGCCUGAUGAGUAUGAAGCAGGCUGAUAUCGGCAACCUGGAUGACUUUGAGGAGGAGGACGAGGAGAAUGAGGAGAACAGGGCCAACCAGGAGGAGAAGGCUGCUAAGAUCACAGAGAUGGUAAACCAGCUCAAUGCUCUCAGCUGCUUAGCCGGAGACCCUGAGGACCACUUCCUAAAGCUGGCUAGUAAAAGGCCAAGCAGCGCUCGGUCUCCCUCCCAAGAGCUGAUCAGUAAGCUGAACUUCCUGGAGGAGGAUCAGGACACACCCCCUGCCCUCUGCUCCAAUCCCUUCGAAGAUCCGGCUGAUGAUAUUGAUGACCCCUCCCACCUGGAACACACCAAUCACUUCAACCCGUUCGGUGAUGAUGAUGAUGAUGGACCCCCCUCCCUGCCCCCCUCCCUCACCCUCCGACAGGACCCAGAGGCCUACUAUGUCCAGGAACCCUCCAACCCCUUCGACGAGGACGAAGUAAACACACACUCGCUCACAGAGUACAACCCGUUUGACGAGCCCGACCAGGACCCAGACCUAGUCCCCGACCCUCAGGGGCCCCAGGUCCAGCAAUCGGAGGCUCCCAAACCCAGGGGAGGAAGGGGGUCAGGCCGGUGGAUAUGA